AUGUCGAAUUUGUCAAAGCUUGAGUUUGUGGCACUUGACAUUUCUGGAAAGAAUUACCUAUCAUGGGUUCUCGAUGCUGAGAUUCACUUAGCCGCUAAAGGCCUUGGUAACACCAUUACUCGGGGUAAUGAGGCAUCAAGCCAGGACAAAGCGAAGGCCAUGAUUUUCCUUCGUCAUCAUUUGGAUGAAGGUUUGAAGGUUGAAUAUUUAAUAGUGAAAGAUCCACUUGAAUUGUGGACUGGCCUGAAGGAAAGGUAUGAUCACCUUAAGGCUACGCAGCAAUACCGUGAAAGGGGUUUUAAAAAGUAUUCUGAAUUGAUCUCAUGCCUUCUGGUGGCUGAGCAACAUAAUACCCUUUUGCUGAAAAAUCAUGAAGCCCGUCCCACAGGGUCAGCUUCGCUUCCUGAAGCGAAUAUGGCAACUAGACGUGAUAAGUCUGGAAAAAGACAGAAUAAUAAUCAUGGCCAUAUGAUUGUACGUGGGCAUGGCAAUGGUAAGAGACGAUAUAAUAGUCGUAAUCGUGGUGGUCAUGGCAAACGAGAGAACAAUACGGGUUCUCAAAACAAUCCUUCAAGAGGCAAAAGCGGUAACUGCCACCGCUGUGGCAUGAAAGGUCAUUGGAAAACUGAAUGA